CACAUUCGUACUCAAAGUGUAAGUGUUGGUGCUGGGGGUAUAAAAUCUUAUUUUCUCCUAAAUAUAAAAUAUUUGUGAAGAAUGGCUGCCCGCCGCAUCGCCCAAUCCUCGAUUAACUGGUCCGCUCUUGCUGAGCGUGUACCUGCCAAUCAGAAGAGCAGCUUCGGCGCCUUCAAGACCAAGUCGGACAUUUAUGUGCGCGCCGUCUUGGCCAACCCUGAGUGCCCACCCCAGAUCGACUGGGCCAACUACAAGAAGCUUAUUCCUGUGGCUGGACUCGUCGACACCUUCCAGAAGCAGUAUGAAGCCCUGAAGGUGCCCUAUCCCCAGGACAAGGUUUCUCCCCAGGUGGAUGCCGAGAUCAAGGCUUCCCAGAGCGAAAUCGAUUCAUACAAGAAGGCCUCUGAGCAGCGCAUCCAGAACUACCAGAAGGAGAUUGCCCAUCUCAAGUCGCUGCUGCCCUACGACCAGAUGACCAUGGAGGACUACCGCGACGCAUUCCCCGACAGCGCUCUCGACCCCAUCAACAAGCCCACCUUCUGGCCCCACACUCCCGAGGAGCAGGUCGGCUACAAAUCCUAAGGAGCAGCUGGAGGCUGAGGCCCAGGGUCACCAUUAAACCGAAUAGGAAAUGGAGAACUCUGACUUCGUUGGUCGUCGUCUGUUAAUUCGAAAUGUAAACCGCUUUGAAGUAAAUUACCCAAAUUAAAUGAAGGUUGUUUACUUAAA